UUUCCUUGUUUGAAUACAAAACAUUUUCCAACGUUCUAUUUUUCUCUCUCUAAUCUGAACCGUUUCCUUUCGUGUUGCGAUCCUUGCACUUUCACUUCAAUUUUCGUACUUCUCGUUUCUGCGUUUCUCAUCUGGCUCUGCAAUUGGAUCCCUUUGUCUUCUGAUUAAAUCAUCAAAGUGAAGUACCCGUUGCACUGUGGAUUCGUAAUUUUAGAGCAAUUGGAUUUACAUCAAUAGUGAAAGAACUGUGAAGGAGUUGAGUGCUGCUGCUCCUUUAAGGGGGGAGUAGAAUGAUUUGUGAUCGAGCAGGAAUCGCCGCAUUCUUUGUGCCAUGAAACAAUGAAUGGUGACGGGAAAAUCCCUGUUGCUCCAUCGGAGGAACACAUUGAUGGUGCUCAGAAGAAUAGAGCAUUGCAUGGGAGGACUACUGGUCCAACAAGGCGUUCUACAAAAGGGAAUUGGACACCUGAACAGGAUGAGAUCUUGCGGAAGGCUGUUCAGCAUUUCAAAGGAAAGAAUUGGAAAAAAAUAGCGGAGUGUUUCAAGGAUAGAACUGAUGUACAAUGCCUACAUAGGUGGCAGAAAGUCUUAAAUCCUGAUCUUGUCAAGGGCCCAUGGUCUAAGGAGGAAGAUGAAGUAAUUAUUGAAUUGGUGAAUAAAUAUGGACCUAAAAAAUGGUCUACUAUUGCUCAUCAUUUACCAGGACGCAUUGGUAAGCAAUGUCGAGAAAGGUGGCAUAAUCAUCUUAAUCCUGGUAUAAACAAGGAAGCAUGGACACAGGAAGAGGAGUUGACCUUAAUCCGUGCUCAUCAAAUUUAUGGAAACAAAUGGGCUGAAUUAACGAAGUUCUUGCCUGGGAGGACAGAUAAUUCUAUUAAGAACCAUUGGCACAGUUCUGUCAAAAAGAAAUUGGAUUCUUACUUGGCAUCAGGGUUGCUUGCUCAGUUUCAAUCUGCACCACUUGCUGGAAAUCCUGAUCAACAGAUGGUUUUAACUUCAGAGAUGCACUCCGUUGGAGAUGGUAAUGGUCCUAAGAGGACUGAUAGAGAGGAUGUUUCAGAGUGUAGCCAAGAAUCAGCUGAUUCUGCUGGAUUGACUAGUAAUCUUGAUCUACAAACUCGAGAGGUGUAUAAGCCAGAGGAAGAAUCUAUUCUAGGAAAGGAUCAUAAUCUGAGUCAAGCAUCCUGUCCACAGCAUUACUACAUAUCUCUUGAUGAUGUGGAUAUCUGCAUCCCAGAAGUUGCUUGCCAAGAUGCUUGCUCUUCUCAAUUUGCUGAGCAGAUAUGCUCACACAAAUCUGGAAAUGCCCUAACUGGGGAUUACCAGUUUAAUUGUGUGGAUAAUAGUGAAAUGUGUAACAUGGUAAAUGUUCCCUUUCAGACUGAGGGGUUAGGUAUUUCAACUUUGAUGAGACCUGCAUCUAUGGAUCCUGCUAAGCCAAAUAACAUGUCAAUAUCUGAGGAUGAAUGUUGCAGAUUCCUAUUUUCGGAGGCAGUUAGUGAUGGAUGCUUUUCUCCCAGAGUUUAUAUUAAAGACGUGGACAUGGUUGAUUUUUCUGGAUGCAAUAUGUUUUUAUGUCAAUCAUGUCAUAUCCAGAUACCUUCUCCUCGUGAAUCAUCUUCGACUUCACAGCUUACUUGUCCAAAGUGUUCUAACAACUUUAAAGAUCAUCAAAUUGUCUCUGGUGGACCUGAUAAUGUCAUUUCUUCUAAUGGCACAUCCAGUUCUCCUUGUGUUGACAAUAUAGAUAGUGAAGUAAAGCAAGAGCCACCAGAAACUCCAAAGGAUUCUUCAAAAUUGGUCCCUGUAAAUAGUUUUGGUUAUGGAUCAAACUCUAAGGUAACUUGUUAUGCAAAAUAUGAGAAGUUGAAUGAGCAUUCAAAAAAGGAAGAUACAGGAACUUUAUGCUACCAACCGCCCUGUUUUCCAAGCUUGGAUAUUCCUUUCCUAAGCUGUGAUCUUGCACAAUCUGAGCCUGAUAUGCAGCAAGAAUUUAGUCCCCUUGGUAUCCGCCAGCUUCUGAUGUCUCCUGUGAGCUGUCUAACUCCUUUCAGGUUGUGGGACUCACCCUCUGGUGGUGAUAAUCUAGAUGCCUUGUUUAAAAGUGCAGCCAAAACUUUUACUGGUACACCAUCCAUAUUAAGUAAACGACACCGAGAUUUGUUAUCACCACUUUCAGAUAAAAGAACUGACAAGAAACUUGUGACAGACAUGCCAUCCAGCUUGAUAAAAAGCUUUUCCAGCUUGGACUUUAUGUUUGAUGACAAUGAGAAUCGGGAGGCAGAUAUGAUUUCUCCAACUUCAUUACAAAAAUGGAGCAUUGCUGUGUCUGUUGAUGAUGAUAAAGAAAAUUGUGGUCAAACUGUUAAAGAUAAACAAGUAGAAGAGAAAAAUAAUUCUGCCAAUUUGGACGAAAAUAACAGAGAAAAUGGGACUGUAAAAAAUAGCUCUCAGGAUAGCCUUAAGCAUCAAGUUGAUUCAAAGAUGAAGAAGAUUGAUAUUGACACUGAUAAUGAUGAUGAUAACGAUAAUGAUAAUGUUGAACAGCCUUCUGGAAUUUUGAUUGAACGUAAUAUGAAUGACAUAGCACCAAAUUCUCCUGGAUUAGACACAGUUCUAGGUUCAAGUGCUCGAACUCCCAAGAACUUGAGCAAUAGGAGGUUGGAAGCAGUUCCGAAUCAGCGCAGUCCAUGCUCAAGGGUCAAGUGUGUCCGGGCAAAGGAGCAUGAAAAACUUUCAGUUGAUGUCACUUGUGUAGGGACGACUUCAGGGAAACAAGCCAAAAAUGAUGGUGGUUUUGAAACAAGUAGCAUAUUUGGUGACACUCCUUUUAUGAAAAGCAUUAAAUCACCUUCUGCAUGGAAAUCUCCAUGGUUCAUCAACGCAACAUUUCUGUGCAGCCCCAGGAUUGCUACUGAAAUUGCAAUUGAGGAUUAUGGGUACUUAAUGAGCUCAGGCAAUAGAAGCUAUGACGCCAUCGGUUUGAUGAAACAGAUCAGUGAAAAAACUGCUGCUACAUAUGCUAAUGCUCAAGAAGUUUUGGAAAAUAAAACUCCUAAAGCUUUGCCUAAAAAUGCAUCUUUAAAUGACAAAGAAGGUGGUCAGGAAGAUAAUGAUCUGCAGAAACAGCCUGCUAAGCAUUCUCAGAUGGAACGACGCAUACUUGACUUUAGUGAAUGUGAAACAACACCAAGCAAAGGUGAUAACAGCAAAUCCUCACCUGUGAACUUCUCAAGCCCUUCUUCAUAUUUGUUGAAGGGUUGUAGAUAAGAUUCAUCGCUAAUGGCUUAAAGGUCACCGGUUGCAAAUGCUCUGAAUAUUUAUAAAAAUACAUAUACAUAUCUCUAUAUAUAAUAUUUGUAAUUUUUGGCAUUGGCGUUUAUACAUUGAUAAGACUUCAUUAGUAAUUGAAAUAAAACUGUUGCCAUUUUUUGCCUGUGA